GGAGCCUGGCCCACUCAUCAGGGCUGGGGCUGUUGUCUCGGAGAGCCAGCUGGGGUGCUGGAGUGACAGCUCAGCCUGCCAAUGGGCAGGUCCAAAUAACUUCCCCUCCCGCCCCUGGCUACUUCCAUCUGAGCUCGUUUGAGCCUGAUGGAGCUAUGAGGAGUCGAAGCUGUUGCUGGCUACUCGGAGGAGAGGCAGAGCUUACUGGUCUUUGGUCAGGCAAGUGCUUUCUGCUGGGGAUAGAUGCUUUGCCAUCUUUAAACGUGGGUUCAUUCUGGAACUUUAAGGAAGCUCACCAUCAAGAUGGCCAAGUAUAAACUUGUCUUGCUAAGGCACGGAGAAGGAUCUUGGAAUAAGGAGAAUCGCUUUUGCAGCUGGGUGGAUCAGAAGCUUAACAGUGAUGGAGAAGAGGAAGCCCGAAACUGUGGCAAGCAACUCAAAGCCCUCCACUUUGAGUUUGAUCUUGUCUUUACCUCAGUCCUCAAUCGGUCUAUCCAUACGGCUUGGCUGAUACUGGAAGAACUGGGUCAGGAAUGGGUCCCGUUGGAGAGCUCCUGGCGAUUAAAUGAAAGGCACUAUGGGGCUCUCAUUGGCCUUAAUAGGGAGAAAAUGGCCCUGAAUCACGGUGAAGAACAGGUGAGAAUUUGGAGAAGAAGCUAUAAUGUAACUCCACCCCCUAUUGAUGAAUCUCAUCCUUAUUAUCAUGAAAUCUACAAUGACCGGAGAUAUAAAGUUUGUGACGUGCCUGUGGAUCAGCUGCCUCGCUCAGAAAGCCUAAAGGAAGUGCUGGACAGACUUCUUCCCUAUUGGACUGAGAGGAUUGCCCCGGAACUGAGAAGUGGCAAAACUGUUCUCAUCUCGGCUCAUGGUAACAGCAGUAGAGCACUCCUGAAACAUCUGGAAGGCAUCUCGGAUGAUGACAUUAUCAACAUCACUCUCCCUACUGGUGUCCCCAUACUCCUGGAACUAGAUGAGAACCUCCAUGCUAUUGGCCCUCAUCAGUUCCUGGGUGAUCAAGAAGCCAUCCAAGCAGCUAUCAAGAAGGUGGAAGAUCAAGGAAAAGUGAAGAAAGCAGGAAAAUAAAAUUCUUGCUCUGGGCUGUCUACUGACUGCAUAGGUGUUAUGGCAAUGUUGCAUAGUGUGUUGUGGAUAAUAAUCUAGUCUUUUUGUGUGUGUAUGAAAUUGAAUGAAACCAAAACUUAGCAUUGAGCAGGCAGGCUGUGGGGUACAGUGUACAUGGGUUAUUCUAACUCCGUAUGUUCACAUCUGGUUUUAGACCCAAUAGUAUGGAUUUGGUCUCCCCAUUAGAUCCCAUUUGAUGAUACUAAUGCAGGGUGGCUAAUGGGUGGGGCUUUGAGCAUUAACAAAGACUUGUGAUAGGGUAGGGGUGGACUCGAUUUCUAAAUGAGGUUAAGAGGUUCUGAUCCAGUAUAUCAUGGAAACUUUGUUUCAGUUGUGGCAUAAUGACAUUCAACCUCUUUCCAUUCAAUUGUGGUAUAAUUCACUUUCCCAGGCACUAAGCUCUGAAUGGGAUUGCACUGUGGGGUAUUAGAUAAUGCAUUAUUUAUUAUUGGAUUCUAUUCCCCUUCUCCAUAAAGGAAUGGGUACUCUGAUUUAUUUAAGAUCAAUGGCUCAUUGACAAGGAAAAAAAUCUUUUUUCCCCCUCUCAUAAAACUAUGCCCUCUAGUUUUAGUGCAGUCAAAAAGUUUUCUUUGUUUGGUAUUUGGUAAAAUUCCCUUUGGCCACUGGAGUCUUCAGAGCAUAAAUAACUAGAAUAUUUCAUGCUCUGAUUAUUUUUCCCUCCCCUGGAUUCUCGGCAUCUAGAAGAUUGGGAUAAAAAAUGUUGUCAUCUGAAUAGCUUAGGUUGAAAAAUCACAUGGUAUAUGGGCUUUCCCCAGCUCUAGGCUAACACCAAGUGUAACAUUCAACUAAAAGCAGUUGUUUGUGCCUUUUUGUGAUCUACUCCAUUAGGCUUACCACCCUUCCUGUAACACAGGAAGAGAAUUAGGCUUAUUUCAGUGUCUGGACACUACUGGUUUUGCUAUUUAGCAAAUUAAAUGUUAAAGACUGAAGGCAAGGUGGUGAAUAUGUUUGCAAUCAAGAGAAAAAUAUAAGCUGCCUCAGUUAUAUAACACCAGCAUAAGCUAAGAGAACUAUUACAGCACACAGCCCAGUGCAAGGGGGUGGGGGUGGGAGUUUCCUUUCCUUUUUCUAUUUUUUUUUUCCUCCUUAUUUGUUCUUGUAGGGCCUCAGACAUAAUGUUACUCAGCCAGUUUUCUGAAUUUUAUCUACUAAGGCAGGGAUUUAAUUACUGGAUACAUUUUGUAAGUUAUUUUUUAAUAGUGAGUUCACCACUGACCCUAUAAAGUUGACCUUUGAAAUAUAAGGACAUAACAGUAGUUAAGUAAUUUCCAGGAUAGGUAAUUUGCUCAAUGAGGAGAGGUGAGAGCCGCUAUAUAGAUGUGAACCUUUUAUAAAAGACUUUUGAAGAUAAGCAUUAUCUUAGGGCUAGGUUACAACUGUAGAUAAUUUGGAAGUCUACUAGUUAAAAUCACUUCAUAAACUCUCAAAGAGGCAGUAUUCUAUUACAUGAAACUAUGCAUAAAUUUGGUGAAGAUUUAAUUGGUCAUAGGGGCAGCUAGGUGGCAAAAUGGAUAGAGCACCGGUCCUGGAGUCAGGAGGAUCAGAGUUCAAAUGUAAACUUAGACACUUACUAGCUGUAUGACCCUAGACAAGUCACUUGACCCCAAUUGCUUCCAAAAAAAAAAAAAAAAGAAGAAGUUACAACAGCCUUGACAGAAAUCUAUGUAUUUACUUAGAUAACUUUGUGGUGGUGGCAUUUUUUAGAGUGAUUUUUCUAUAGGCAUAAGGUUGAGCAUAUUGACAAACUAGGAAUGUGUGCUUUUUGUAUCUUUGGAGACCUGGAUUUUAACUGAAGAAGAGAUUCUCUCUUGUUUGAGGCUGGUGUUUUAUAUAAACAUUAAUUUUGCCAAGGGUCCUCAGCAGGAUCUGUACCUAUUCCUUUGCUUUUAGGGGACAUUUCCUAUAGGUGAGGGGAAUUUCCUAUAGGUGAAUGAGCUCACACUCCUCAACAUGUGUGUGUGUGUGCACGCGUGCGUGCGCGCAUGCAUGCACAAAAUCUAUACCAAUCAAUUUUCAUUAUUAGGUCUGCCCACUUUUUUCAAGGAGUUCAGUCAGAAUACUAGGGGAAAUUCCCCCCCCCCCCCCCGUGUUUUACCUUCCACAUUCUUCUUUGAGCCUUUAACUUACCCAAGUAGUGGCUUCCUAACUGAAACAUGAACCAUGUGAAUAUGAAAUGGUAGGGGAGCCCAAAUGAAUCCCCCCCCUUUAAAAAAAUGAAAGCCUUUUUUUUUCUUUACCCUUUUGAGGGAAGAUAAACAUUUGUAGAAUGAAGAAUUUGUCCCAUUUUCCAAGGAAUAGUUUUUCAGCCUCUACUCUGUUUUGCCUCACCAGAGGGUCAUGCCAAUUUUGGGGAAAUCAACAUACAAAAAGUUUUACUUAUUGGGCAAUGUGAGCUAAUUAUUAAAAAAAAAAAAAAAAGAAAAAAGCUCAUACAACUGUAUAGGAAUCGGCCAAAUUAGAAAGAAAGGGCCUUUAUUUAGGUCCCAUUGCUAAACUGAGGCUUUAAGAAAUCAAGAAUUAAUUUUUCCUUGUCUCUCUAACUUCUCUAGUUGUGUCUCUCUACCCUCUUUAAUGUUUUUUGACAGUUUGACAGAGGGAGGUGCCAAAGAAAUGAGUUAGUUGACUGCUUGGGGUGGGGUUCAGGGGGGGGGAAGAGGAGGGGGAAGAGGAGGGGAGGAUAUGGAAGAGUCUUGACAUGUAGUAGACUCACCUACCUACCUUGCUAUGCUUAUAAGGAUUUAUUCUAACCAUUCUUUAAAAACACAUGGCUGAGAAAUGAAAGACUUUAGUGGAUCGAUGUGGAAUGAUCAUUUUUCCCCCUUCUGUUUUCUCCCCUUAGCUCCCCCUGUAUUCCAGAAACUUCCUCAGUUUACUCUAGAGUAGAGUAGUUGAUAAAGUACCUUCCUGUGAGAUAUGGCAUUGGGGAAUAGUUAUGUUCAGUGUUAUGUUUGAUAAUGUUAUUUUUGCCUAUCAUUAAAAAGCAAAUUCAUUUUC